UUUAACAUCUUCGAAAUCUGAAAAAUCUCCACACUGAAUCAUCACCAUCAUCAUCCGUCACUGAUUCGACUCUGUUCCUUUGUAGAGAUCUCCGAGUCAAAUCAGAACGAGUUCAGGAAAAACGAAACCACGGUGUUUCGGAAGGUCGGAGGCUAGGUCUGAUGGGCGCCGCGGGGUCCAAACUCGAGAAAGCUCUCGGCGACCAGUUCCCUGAAGGAGAACGCUACUUCGGAUUCGAAAAUUUCGGCAACACUUGUUACUGUAACAGUGUCUUACAGGCGCUUUAUUUUUGUGCUCCCUUUCGUGAACAAUUGCUUGAACACUCUGCAAAUAGUAGAGCUGAUUCUGAGGAGAAUCUCUUGACCUGCUUGGAGGACUUGUUUUCGCAGAUAACUUCCCAAAAGAAGAAAACAGGAGUUAUUGCUCCGAAGCGUUUUGUACAGAGACUGAAAAAACAAAAUGAGCUUUUCCGGAGUUAUAUGCAUCAGGAUGCACAUGAGUUCUUGAAUUAUUUGCUAAAUGAACUUGUUGACAUCUUAGAGAAAGAGGCAAAAGUUACAAAAACAGACCAUGAAACUUUAUCAUCUCCUGAAAAGAUCUCAAAUGGAUCGAAAGCUCCUCAGGAAAACGGUGUUCAUAAAGAACCUAUUGUUACAUGGGUGCACAAGAUUUUUCAGGGUAUACUUACCAACGAGACAAGGUGUCUGCGGUGUGAGACUGUAACAGCAAGAGAUGAAACUUUCCUAGACCUGAGCCUUGAUAUUGAACAGAACAGUUCGAUAACUAGCUGUUUGAAAAACUUCAGCUCCACAGAGACUCUACACGCUGAAGACAAAUUCUUCUGUGACAAGUGCUGCAGCUUACAAGAAGCGCAGAAGAGGAUGAAGAUCAAGAAACCGCCACACAUCUUAGUUAUACAUCUGAAAAGGUUUAAAUACAUCGAACAAUUGGGCCGCUACAAGAAGUUAUCUUACAGAGUCGUCUUCCCGCUGGAACUGAAACUCAGCAACACAGUGGAAGAGUAUGUGGACAUCGAGUACUCUCUCUUCGCAGUUGUGGUUCAUGUCGGAAGUGGACCCAACCAUGGUCACUAUGUUAGCCUCGUGAAAUCUCAUAACCAUUGGCUCUUCUUUGAUGAUGAAACUGUCGAAAUGAUUGAAGAAUCUGCUGUUCAGACAUUCUUUGGCUCAUCACAAGAGUACUCGAGCAAUACUGAUCAUGGCUACAUCUUGUUAUAUGAGAGCCUCGGAACAAGAUAGAGGAAAAGAGCUUUUUUAGUCAUUUGACAAGAACAUAAUCUCUCUCUAUCUCUCUUACAAAUUCAAUUUUCUCUUAACUCAGAAAGACACAAAGUUUGUAUACUAAUGGAAACCAAGCCAUGUACAGUUUAAUGACAAGGAAGGUUUACAAUCUAAGUUAUUA